CUUAAUACACAGUGGAAAUUGUAACUCCCGCUGAGAACCGAUGGAAGCAUAGAGCCAACACCGCACCACCAAGACCGUCAUUAUUAGUACUCACAACAUCUGCAACAACGGCAUAUAACGUUCAUUAAACGAUCUUCACAGAUUCGCCACGAGAAUGCAAACCGUGAUUUGAGAAUUCAAGAGAAUGGAACCGACCUUGUAAAUCUGCCCACUGGAAAUGCUCUCUUGCAGAACACAUCUGAAUGAGAUAAGUUUCGUAAGCUAGUGUGUUGUUCAUAUAUUGACAAGGGUGAGCUGAGGUUACGAAUUCUAAAAAUGAACGAAAAACGAGCCCACCAUGAAUCAGUGCGUUCCCUCGGCGAGUACUUCGCGGAAAACACCAGCAUGCAUGGCUUGGCCAGGAUUGUGGGCAAGCCAGGCCUAACGAGGAGAAUGUUUUGGAUUCUGGCGGUGUUGGCGGGAGCCGGAGUGGCAGUGUACAACAUAUGGACGAUUUUCAUCGCCUUCGGGACGCGGGAGGUGUCUACAGUAGUCAGCCUGGAGUACAACACAAAGCUUCGCUUCCCUGCCAUCACCAUCUGCAACAUCAAUGCCGCCAAGAAAUCCAAGCUGAUGAAUGUGUCCAGCAAUUACGAUUUCGACAUAGGCGAAAAGAAGACAGUGAGUUCAGAGGUGCCAGAAGCCGAUUCCCCUGAACCCAUAGAGGCUCUCGGUAUCUCAGACGUCACCGACACCCCCAUCACUGUGGACACGUCGACACCAUCUGGCUCGUACAGUCAAGAAUACAGAGAAGCGCUUAGCUUCCAACAAGCCUUGUCCAACCUUCCGCCAAGAGUAAGAACCAACAUCGGACACCAGCUGGAGGACAUGCUCAUAGAGUGUUCCUAUCAAGGAAAAAGAUGUACACCGAGGAAUUUCACCAAGUUCUACAACUACAUGCACGGCAACUGCUACACCUUCUCAACCACUGCGACGGACGAGAUGUACACAACAAAGACUGGGCCUUUAUAUGGGCUGUCCAUCAUGCUGAACGUGGAGGAGGAUGAGUACGUCAGGUCUCUCACCAACAGAGUCGGCUUCAAGGUCACAGUCCAUAACGUCGCCGCCAUGCCGUUCCCUGAGGACGAGGGCUUCGACAUCUCCCCUGGGUUUGCAACAUCUGUCGGCGUACAGAAGGUGUUUGUUGAGCGCACACCUUCCCCGUUUGGCAACUGUGAAAUCCACGGGCAAGACGGUCCACCCAACAUAUUCUCCACCCAGGUAGAAAACAUCAAAUAUAGUGACAAGGCGUGCGAGAAGUCGUGUCUUCAGGCACAGCUGGUCAACAGUUGCGGAUGCUGCGACAUGACGUUGCCGUGUGACGCCGCCGCUCUCGGCCUCAUCAUGGAGACCGUCCCAUCCCUCCCUCUUCGACAGUGUGACACCAGCAGGAGAAACGGAGAUUCAUGUGAGAUGACGGUCCUGAAGACGUUUGAGGAUGGCGACACACCAUGUCAACAGAGAUGUACACCGAACUGCAGGUUAGCUUCACAUGUGCUUGAGGAAGGGGGCCCAGCUGUACACUGA